CGCCUACGCAAACCCCAUCUUCUGCAGCGUCUCAACCUCGAUUAGUCUUUCCUUUUGCUCAUCCAACACACACCUGCAGUGUCAGAUCAGUGGCACGUGCCUGUCUGGCCUGCCGUCUUGCAUUGUGAUAAAGAAUCGGUGAGUACCCAUCUAACCUCUGGCCAAAUUUCUCUGGUUGUAUUCCUCGAGCAUACGCCAUGGGCCCUUCUACUUUCUGUGACGACCUCCCUACCUCCCUGGCGGACUUACUUUCCAACACCUUGAUCCUGCGCCAGACUGCUCCCUACCUGCCAAUAUCUGCCCUUCGUAACCUGUCGCGAACCUGCAAGUCUCUACAUCAUGCCGUCUUCCAGUCGCCAGAAGCCUUCCGCUACCUGGACCUCUCCCCUGUAAAGUCUGCUAUUGUGCCUUUCGAUGGACCUCUUGAUGUCGGUGGUGUCAGUUUUCGCGCUGAGCGAAUGGAUGAAGCCCUCACAGAAGACGAUUUCUACAGCGGUCCUCUACGCCACAUCUUCAACAGGCUGGAGAAGCUCCAUGUUCUGCGUAACGUACAUACACUUGUCCUAGACGGACUCAGCGUGACAGCAGAGUUGGUCAAAGAAUUGCUUACGGAAGAACGAUUCAACGUUCGUAUACUUUCUAUUCGCGAAGCUAAGCACAUGAACGAGCGCAAGCUUCAGCAAUACCUCCGAUAUGCGGUUCGACCAUCAAGGCCCGCGGGCACACCUCGAGUCAAAGGCAUCUACAUCUUUGGACCCCGCGACCGAACACCGCGUCCUGCAUCGCCCGUGACGAGAAAACUGUCCGCAGACAUUCCUAGAGGCGUGACGACUUCACAAGGGGCGCAGAUUGGGGCACAAUGGAACGAGAAAUCGCAACAAGCCUUGGACGCUGUACUAGCGCAGACCGAGGACAAAUGGUAUCAAUCUUCUGGCAAAAUCAUACCAAAGCGGCCGUCCCCGGAAUGGGCAGAAAUACUCCAAGCAUGCGAAGGCAUCAUUGCUUUCGAUGCUGUUCUGUGCAGAGGACCACGACAUGACCCGAGCAAAGCAUAUGUUAGGGAUGCAACUGCGAGUGGAGCGACUCAUCCAUCCUCUUUCCUGCGGCCUACAAUCGCAACUGUCGCACUUGGCCCAUCGGGCUGCGAGACAUGUCACUCGUCUCCAGAAGGACCAGCAGUUUUCGGCGACUCAAGCCCAUCACAUCAUCCAUUACUCAGCCCGGUACCGCUGCAUGGCUCCUCUGUGCGUGCUGCCCAGAUACCGCAUACUCUCGACGGUUCUGCGCCACCGCCUCUGAUAGUGCGAUGCGAGGACUGCCUCAAGGGACGCUGGUGCGAAAGAUGUCACAAAUGGUGGGACGAGGAUUGUUAUACUGGAUCCGUUACCGCCCAACGUACGGAACUACAGCAGACCGAGCUUACUGAGAGCUUGAAACCUGAUGGGACUAGUCAACUGCUCCCAAAGCAAACGAUCAAGGUACAUAUGGGCCUCUGCGUGGAACACUGCCUCCGUGAAGAAAUGAUGGCUGGAGCCGGUAGCGACGGGAUGUGGGGAUGAUGGACCUACCUUGGCGCGCGAGAAGCGAUGCUACCUUGAGGCCGUUACGAUGUAGUUGGAUUCCGGAAACCAGUCUUACCCAGACUGGCCGUGGAGCCUGGCUAUUGGAUAAUUGCACCUGGAACUGUCACUUGCGCGCCAAGGUUAUCGGUGUAAGACGUGAUUGUUUUGGCUGUGGCCAUACGUGCAUAAGCUGUAAAGAGCUUUUUAUUCGGACUUGCAAGAAAUGCAACAAUGAGUAUUGUCGUGAAGACAACGAUGCGUC